AUGAGCGAUGGCAAUAGAAAACAAACCUGGAGACGAAUUUGACACCGUUUUCAGUCAAAACGACUCCUUAGAGCUUUCCUCUACCUAUGAAUAUGACUCAACACAGGCUCGGAUAUUCAAGAUAAUCGUCAUAGGAGAUUCAAAUGUGGGAAAGACGUGUUUGACUUACAGGUUCUGCGGUGGUACUUUCCUGAAAAACCCAGAGGCAACGAUCGGGGUCGAUUUCAGAGAGAGGACGCUGCAGCUCGAUGGGGAGAAUAUCAAGUUGCAGAUUUGGGACACGGCAGGUCAGGAGCGUUUCAGGAAGAGCAUGGUGGAGCACUACUACCGUAGCGUCCAUGCCGUCAUCUUCGUUUAUGAUGUGACCAGCCUCCCCUCCUUCGAAAGUAUCCCUGAGUGGAUCGAGGAAUGCAAACGACACUGUGUGGGACCUCUGGUUCCUCGCAUCAUGGUGGGCAACAAGUGUGACCUGAGGGACCGUCGGGAGGUCCCCACGUCGACUGCUCAGUGUCUCGCUGACAGCUAUAACUUCCCACUAUUUGAGACCUCAGCAAAGGACCCUGGAGAGAAGGAACAUGUAGAUGCCAUCUUUCUGACUUUGGCUUAUAGACUGAAAAGCCACAAACCCCUGAGACUGAAGCAGCCGAGUGAUAGUGGCGUCAGGCAGAUGUGGAGCCAGAGAGAGCACGAGUCAGGAAUUUGUCAGUGCUGAGAUCAUCUGUGUGGAAUAACUAAGGUUAUCACAGCCUCCAGGAACUUGAAUGCUGCUUAGGAUUUUUUUUUUUUCUUAAGCUGAGUCUCAAUGCAGAAUCACCUUUUAUGAUUUUGAAAAUCAAGAACAAAGCUCUCUCUUGUUCUAGAUAUCUCCCUGCCUGAUGCAAGGCACAUCUGGUGACACUUGGGCCUCUAAGUUUGCACAAUAUUAGUACAUUUCAGUCAAGUGCAUGAAUGGUUUUGGACAUAUACCAACAAUCUGUAGCUAAAAUUGCACUUAAAAUCACAAAAUAUUGCAAAGCGAAUUCAAGUGUAUAGACAAUAUAUAUAUAUGCAAUCAGCUGUCCACAUCUAAUCCACAAUAUUCAAUGCAAACAGUAAGUUUAACAAAUAAGGUUUAAGUGUUAAUGGGGACCAACAAUGAAACUAAUACUGUGUAAAACGGUCUAAAAAAGUCUUAGAAGUGUACUUUGGUUUUGAAUGCAGCAUGAGUUUUGGUGCUGUUGCAGAAUGUGAAUUUCUUAAACAAUAAUAUGAACAAUGACCAGCUCAUUUGACUGCAGUUGUUUUGCUAAAAGCCCACUUAUGACAAGAUGUAGCUGCCACUUUUGGACACAAUGCAAAUCAACGAGUCACUUGAAAAGCAUGACAGGGUUAAAGCUCAGCUGUAUGAAAAAAUGUUAUGGGUAAAGGUAGGACUGAUACCUUUGUUGCAUGUGUACAAUAAUGCAAACACUUUCCAACAGUGAAAAGAUGUGU